UGCUUGUGCGGGAAUGAAUUUCAAAGCAUCGAAGCAAGGUGUCCGCCACUGCUUUCAAAUUGUAAUUUUGUUUGUGUCCCAGUUAUCUGGAAUGGACGGCACUGGCAUUAAAAGAACCUCCUAAAACAUCCACAUUGAUAAAGCGUAAUGGAGAGCUGUGGAAACGAAAGUAGACCCUCUGAACUAAUUAUAGACGAAGACUUCGAAACAGACGAGGAUCCUUCCCCAUAUGAUAGCGAUGAUGAAGAGAUAGAUGUUGAUUAUUUUAUCAGGAGCUUGCCUCGUCACAUUAACGAGUGGAAACUUUAUAAAACAGAUUCUUGUACGUUGCAAAAAAUAGGGGAUGGCUUCUUCGGUGAAAUAUACAAGGUUACCGAUUGUCAAUCUGGCAAUGUUUUUGUAAUGAAAACUAUGAAAAAAUUAACGAGAAUGAAGGUGAUGUGUGCAGAAAUACGACUGAUGGCCCGUCUUAAACAUCCUAACAUCUUAAGAUUUCUUGGUGUUUGUAUCGAAGGGAAAAGAAUACAUUUGCUUACAGAAUAUAUGGAAGUUGGUAAUUUGGAGGAAGUUGUAGCUGACGAUAAAGAACCAUUACCUUGGAAAUUACGAAUGAAACUUGCCCACGAUAUCGCAGAAGGAAUGGCUUAUUUACACAGCGUCGGAGUCAUUCAUCGUGAUUUAGCAUCCAAGAAUAUAUUAAUUUCAAAUUGUAUGAAUGAAGACGGUUAUACUGCUGUUAUUGCUGAUUUUGGUUUAGCUGCUAAGAUUCCUUCAAGGAAAACAAAACUAAGAGUUGUUGGUUCUCCAUACUGGAUGGCACCAGAAGUUUUAAGAAAUGACCAAUACAAUGAAACUGUCGACAUAUUUUCUUAUGGUAUCAUUUUAUGUGAGAUUAUUGGACGUGUUCAUUCUAAUCCGGAUGAAAUACCCAGAACAAAUCAUUUUGGUUUAGAUGUUGACAAGUUUUGUGAGCUGGUUCAGGGAUGUCCCUUUGAAUUUUUUCGACUUGCUGUUUGCUGUUGUCAGGUUUGUAGUGUUGACCCGCAAUUAAGACCUCCAUUUGAACUGACUGCAAAAUACCUAGGGUAUAUUCGACAGUUUGUAAUUGUAACAGGUUCCCCUUGUGUUUUAAUUCAAGACACCUCACAACGUAUGUCUGCCAAUAUUGAAGACUGGAUAGAAGACUCAAAGAAAGGUUCAGAUACAUCAAGGAAAUCACUCCCUGUAUUCUAUAAAGAAUGCAUGUUUGAAAACGAAACAGAAGUAAAAUGUGAAAACGAAACAGAACUAGACCAUAAAAACAACACAGAAAUGAAACAAGAAAUUGAUACAGAACUUUGGUAUGAAGAAGAUUGUGUUAACGGGAACCACACAACCAAUACAACUGUAAUUGACGCUGUAUCAUCGUUUGAAGAAGAAGAAGAAGUUGAGAGAUUAGAUGAUUUGGUCGAUAAUCGUAAUAAAAGAUACUCAUUUUUCGCACGCUAUUUCAGACAACAAGGUAAAACGGAAGAUCUUGUCAAAAAUACACCAAGUAGACUCGCUGGUUUCUUCAACAAAGUUUUACAUGUUCAGAAAAAACAUAAAUUAAAUGGACGUCAUAAAUCACGAUCAAAAACAACUGUUCACGAUGGUGUCGUUGGUCGUCCAAAAUUAAAAUCAUUUCGUCAGUUAAUGAACAACAAAACAAACACAGAUACUCAUUCAAUUGAAAAAACGCACUCAUACGCAAGACGUAGUUUAAUACCAAAAAAUAUUUUUCCUAUGGAAAUUACUGAACAAAAUAAUGUCAUAAUACCACGUGAUAAGGUUGAAGGUUCGUUCUUUGAUCAUGGUAGUGUGCCAGCUCUAAAGAAAUCAUCACAUGAGUCUAAAGUAGUAGUUCGCGAAAAUGAGGCUUGUUACAAGAAUAUAAUUUUAGUGGAUAGUUAUGAUGAAAUACAAAACAACGAGCAGAAUUCCCUCGCUUCAUUUGAAUGCAAUGAUUCACCAUCAGACAACUUUGAUGUUGAUGAAACAUAUUUUAACACAUGGUCCAAAUCGAAUUUAAACAAGUCCCGUCAAUAUCCAGCAAACUCACAACAUCAAUUACAUUCAAUUCCUCGAUGUUUUUCUGAGUCUGACGUCGAAGUUUUGCGUGUGAAAGUCUCGAGUAACUGCUGGACAAUGAGCCCACGACAAUCUCAACAUAAAAAGAAAGGAAAGAACUGGAAUAUUUUCAAUUACAUUCAACAUAAAUGGAAAGGAUAAAGAUGUUGUCAAAAACAAGCUGCAAUAACUCUCCAGAUUUAUGCUGGAGUGAGUCACUUUGUUGUCCUAAAAUCGUUUCACGAUGUCUUUGAGUGUCAAAAAAGUUGGAUUUAUUCCUUAUAAUUAGGUAAAUCGAUUAUUAUUGAAUUUUCAUUAGAGCGCUUUUGAGUUUCAGUUGCUGCUUUUGGUGUGUUCAUCUACCAAAGCUGUAAUUUAUCAUUCUCAAAUUUUUUAUUUGACCUUAAACAUUAAAUGAAAGUUAUCUUCAUUGGCAUUGCGGUGUAACGGAGAAAAAACAUGCUGAAUUAUUAGAAUAUUUGAAAGUGUUAAACUGAUCCUGUGCUGUAUGAAUUUUUUGUUCUAGUCUAUGAAAUAACUAAUGUACAGAUCACCAACCAAAGUUACUCAAAUUUAGAUGACAUUAUGCAAUAUAAUGUCAAUUGUUAACGAUGUUAUUUUUAUACGUUAACUAAGAAAAUAAUCAGCAUCAAGCUUCAUUAUUUUGGCGUCAUUUAAUAAAUUUGGCCGAUACGACGUCAGGAUUAUUUUAAUUAACAUUAUCAUCGUGAACGGACUGAACACAAAGUUGUGUGGAACUUCAAACUCCUUAUAAAUCUUUGCGUUGAGAUAAACCUGAUUCAAAUGCAUUCACUAACAUCGCCUGUUUUUUGAAUUUAUAAACGAGAGAUUUGCUGAUCGUUUUCAGUAGCGAUUAUGUUUUUCUCUCGAUGUUAAAUGUGUCGUGUUAAGUCGCUUUUAGUUACUUAUCUUUUCAAUACGAGAAAUAUAUUUUACUCGUUGAACAUUUCCAUCACCAUAAGUA